GUUAUUACUAAAGCGAAAAAAGGUCUGAAUGAUUGUGAAAUUAAGAUAACCGGAAAGUAUUUGUGCAAGCUUAAUUUUAUUUUUAUUGCUUAUUACUCGACGUUUACUGUAGUUUGAGGUGUAGGGUCAGAAACAUGAAGAUGCAAGCUCGCUGAGCAGGAUUUCCGAAUCGGUCACAGUCUAAAAUGACGGUUGGUCGACAGAAGUUCCUUUUUGCAGUUUUUUUCUUCGGUCUUAUCACUAGAGAUUCCAAGGGAAUUAUCAGCAAGACAGUGUCGAAUUCCAAUUCUGUAUCAUCACUCUAUUCACCAACAAUCAAACCAACACUAACCGCUUCUCCGAUUUUUCCGUCUACAGCACCAGCGUCAUCAUCAGAAACACCUUCUUUCACCUCGACGGUGCCCGUGUCUUCUUCAGACGCAGCCUUACCCUACGCUUUUGGAUCAAGCACACUAGCAGAUUUUAAUCUAAAUCUUUUGGACGAUGCGUCAAGUGUAACGGCCUGGUCGAUAAGCCCGCCCAGUCAGGCCAUCAAUUCAUUGACAAUCUGCUUGUGGCUUCGCUUGUACGAUGGUCAAUCAUCGCAAGCUGUAUUCACCUAUGGCGAAUAUAUACAGCUUGUAUACCUCCUUGAUUUGAAGAAAAUGAAUUUUACAAUUAACGACUAUUCUAGGACAUUCUCGAGCCCUGGUCUCUUUGAUGGCAACUGGCAUCACGUGUGCGCCACGUGGAACAGCUCCGCCCUUGGAUCCUGGGGGGUCAUGGUAGACGGCGACAUGAGGGGAUGGGGGUUAGGAAUACAGGGUUCGAUAAGUAGUAAUUCAAACAUCACUAUCGGCAAGAGCAGAGGAGCAUUACUCCACCGUGGAUUUGUCGGUCAAGUCUCAGAUGCGCAUUUGUGGUUUAGAUCAUUACAAACAGAUCAGCUUCGAACUCUUUCAUCGCGUUGUGGUUAUGUGGGUGACAUUAGCCCAGCUCCGGGCAUACCUUGGUCCUCGUUUAAAGUGUCCGGAUGGUCUGGACGUGUCGUACGGAAAAGUCCGUCUGAGUGUCACGCAAUGACCAAUACAAGCGAAUUUCAAGUCCAUUUUCCAGUAGUCAUUAACAAUGAAACAGCCAAUAAUCUAAACGAUGGCCUCAUGGGAACAAAUAACGUGACCUGUGUCCUGGCGCAAAUGUCAAACAUAACCAGCAAGCCUCAGAUCGCCAUUGCCCUCCACAGCAACCAACUAGUAGUCGACCUGUUCUUACUGGCCGGGUUUGGAGAGGACUCGGGCGACCUGGUGACUAGAGUCCUCCUUACGUCUGACUUUAGCACGUAUUCAGUUUGCGGGAACGCGAGUAUCACUCAGGGAAAAGCGGCAUCCUUCCUUUGUAACCCUCCAACGGUCGCCAAAUAUGUUGUCAUUGAACGAGUAGGCAGCGGUGUGCUAUUUAGAGCCUGUGAAGUCGUCUUGUUCGCAAAAUCCGACCCUCCGGAUGAAAUCGUUACCCUAUCAAGUAAAUUUGAGGUAGUGAAUGGGGAGCAGUUCCCGCCAGGCGACCUUACCCAUGGCAUCAGUGGAGAACCCGGUGGAUCUUAUUCCUUCAACGGCUCUUCGUCCAAAUUCACCUUAAGACUUGCGCCAGAUGUAGCCACGAAACAAAUGAUAUCAAUACUCUUCUGGGUGUAUAUUGAAGACGCUGGAAAUAUUAUGUGCUUUAACGAACAGAAAAGCGGGACUGGAAUUGAAUUUAUGAACAGUGGUAAGCUAGUUGCCCGGGCAGUAACUGUAAAUGGGUCUCAUAUAAACGUUUCGACGACAGUCAUUGUGCCAAAAAGAUGGUACCAUGUCACUUGGCGAAUUACUUCAGAAGAUGAAAUUAAACUGAUCGUGCGUGACAAUAUUGUUUCUGAUACUUUGAACGAAAAGGUUUCUUUUUUUGCCUCGUUGGAGGUUGGUGGCUUUACCGGCCGACUUUCGUGCAUCCAGAUAUACUACAGACGGGUUUCUCGAAAAGAAUUGGCGUCAUUAAAGGGGUGGUGUCUUGAGAAGUCUACGGCAAUGCCUCCACCUUUCCUGUUCGACCUACUGCAAGGCAAUCAACGCUAUCACAUGCCGGGGCUCACUGUGCAAAUACAAGGAAAUAUUACAAGCGGUCCUGGGAUCAAUCAAGAACCCAACGGCUCUUUCCAAAGCGAGAACGCGUCUGCUGUUAUCAUGUAUGAUUUCACGACAGAGGGAAUUUCCAGAAGCACCGCUCUUACUCUAGUGCUUUGGGUCCGUUUUUUAAAACUUGCAGAUAACAAAGAGCUGGUCGUGUUUAAUGCCCUUUUCAACAGAUCGUCAGGAGUAUUGCUAUCAAGGCAAUCAACAGGACAUAUGAACGCCUCCAUCAAGAUAUCAACAACAUAUGAAACGAGUUUUUCCACGUUACGACCUCUUGUCAACGAAGAAUGGUACAUGAUUGGAUUAACUUACAGUCAAAGCAGUAGUGUGGCGCAGUGGUGGAUCAACGGGGAACUGGACAGUCAAGAAGUUCUUUUUGACCAUACCGCGGAAUCGUUGGACUUACAAUGGCCAAUGUAUCUUGAACUAUCGGACAAACAGGCCACUUGUCUGCACAUGUACGACACUUUAUUCAACAGAAAGCAGAUGAGGGCUGCACGGUAUCGAUGUGUGCCUACUGACCUUGAAGUUGAAAUCGGCGUCCUAACAGGCAUCACAACUCGUAUGGUAAAUGAAAGCUCGAUCCAUGUCCAGUGGUCUCCUCUCCAGUCCCCGAUUCCUGGAUUUAUAAGUGGUUACAUGGUUUGUUACGCCAAGAGUGCGUCUAAUGAUCCUAUCGCAUCACAAUGGACGAGCAAUACAAGCCUUGAUAUAUACGGGCUGCAGGAUGGUACUUUGUAUAAUAUCUCAGUGAAGGUGAUUGGAGUGGGGAAAGCGCUCUCUUCGCGGACGCGUCAUCAGCAGUCCACUAAAGAGCAAUUACGACCUCCGAGAAAUCUGACAGCAGUGAAUGUCACCUCUACUUCAUUCAUUGUCCAAUGGGAGUCAGGCAACCCUUCCCUAGCCAUGCCGAUGUUCAGGGUAAUCAUAGUUGAGCUUGACAAUGGCAAAGAAGUGAGAGUACAGCAUUUGAAUAUAGAAGGUGCGUGUUUUAGUGUAUAUAUCGACAGUCUGGAAGACAUGACGAUGUACAAGGUGCAAGUAAAAGCUGUUAUGGCUCAGGAUACCACUGGUGAUGCUGCCGAGGUGAUCGUCCAGACAGCAUCACUUGUACCAGCCCUCGCUCCAGCAAACAUCACCACAGGACACAUCUCUAAAACCUCUGUCACCUUAGACUGGAUACCACUGAAUAUCUCCAGCAAGUUUCAAGGAUACCGGGUGUACUACUCAUUGCUUCAUAGAGGCAACGUAUCAUACGGCAGUAGACUGCACAUCGAUGUAAAUGAGUCUCGAGUCACCCUUGCUGAGCUGGCCCCGUGGAGCCUCUACAAGCUCGAGCUUCUCGCAUUCACACCCGAGUACGAAGGACCGAAUUCUACUAUUUACGUACAAACUCUACCGCCAGGACCCUCUACUCCCGAGGAUAUACAAGUGUAUAGGAUGGACAAUACUACAAUAUAUGUCAACUGGUUACCUCCUACCAAAGAAGCCAAUGCUAUCAAAGGCUACCAAGUGUGCUAUCGCAGCCUAAACACCAUACCCAGAGAUUGUGUCAUGGAAUGUUCAAGUGUGACGGCUUUGUGGGUCCACAAUUUGGCUUCUAUGGCCAACUACAGCUUCCAGGUGUCUGCAUUUGUAGAGUAUGAGGGCGAAAAGAGCGCUUUGUUUUACCCGAUUGCGCAGCAAGCGCCAGCAGCGCCACCCGAUUCAAUUUUCCACCGGCACCUAACGACUUCAGCUGUGACUGUGUUUUGGUACCCACCUGUUAGAAGCCUAAGACGCGGUAGAAUCUCGUCAUAUCAUCUGAAGGCACUCGAGGCAAACAGUAGUGGCGUGAUCAUAACCAACGGGACCACAGCUGAAAAAACAGUAAAAAUAAACGAAGAAUACAUCUCCGGUUAUUACUACACUCAAAUUGGCGGUCUCAAGUCUGGAACAUAUUAUCAUAUUCAAGUGGCAGCUUUUACCAUAGCACUUGGGCCCUGGUCUUCGACAAGGCUUAUAAAAACACUAGGUGGUAAUGACCCAGAGCCCACAACAACGAGCACGAUGUCGAAGUCACUGAUAACGUCACCUGUUACCAUAUUCCCUACACCCAUCAGUACAUUGCCGAUCUACCAGACGAUUGCAGUAUCUAAUGCCUCAAUGCUAGAGUCGACGCCGACCUCAGCUGUGCCUAACGUGACCGUAGCUCCUUCUGAGACAAGUAGCGUUCCUGUGGCGAGCUCGGCAGCCAUAGACACGUGGUCACAGUGGUCUGUCUGUAGCAGGUCGUGUGCUGCUGGCAAACAGAUUCGAAAGCGUGCCUGCAGCACUUUGUCAUGUCAAAUAGAGUCGAAGCUAUGUAACGCAAUCCCCUGCCCGGGAGUUACAGUGAACCUUGAGGCGAACCUCACGUACGAAGUUUGGACAGGUGAUCUGCUUGUGCACAAUUCCAGCCAAUUCUUGCUAUUGGAAGAAAAAAUUAAACAAAAUGUGAUCAGUAAGUACAGUAAUAAAACGUACACUGUUAUCAGCGAUGUCCAGCUAAUAGAAUGCAGGGAGGGCAGCGUUAUGGCGAACUUCAGCAUAAUGUUUAGCUCAACUGAUAAGGACGAGCUCUUGAAUUUACAAGAAAACGUCGAUUUAAAGCAAAUGAUUGGGGCACUUCCUCUGACACUGGUCGACUUCAACAUGAUGACUGUACCGACAGUGGGCCCACAAAUCACAAAUGUUGCCCCAGUGAACACUUCGCAUACGUUGGUCCAGUGGACACCCACUGAUCCUGUAGUCUCGUCUGUGAUGGGCUACCGAGUGAAGUACCGUAAGAGGAGUGUGCUGAGCUGGUCUAGCUGUGAUUGUCACGCUUGUAGCAAUCUCUACAUUCACGGCCUGGAUGCGUUUACAACUUACCGGAUAAGAGUGCUUGGGUUCACGGCGGCUGGUGAUGGCAUCGCUGGCCCUGCUGUUGAAGUACGCACGCCUGAAGGAGCCCCUAAAAGUCCAGUCCAAAAUGUCGUGGCUAAAGUACAGAGCUCGACUCAGAUCGUGCUCGAGUGGGACGCACUUGACCCCGCUACGGUCCCUGGACAGCUGCGAGGCUACAAGAUCCGCUAUACUGCGAAUGGCACAGGAGUAGUGACAGAACGUAUAGCAUCGACAUUCAGCACUUCCACGGUGCUGACUCAGCUGUCUCCGUACAUGCUCUAUCAUAUACUGCUGACCGGUUUUACCGCUGCUGGAGAUGGGCCAUUGAGCAGUGAAGUGCUGGCGAGUACCGCAGAAGACGUGCCUAGCGCCGCCCCGGUCUCUUUUACAUCACGUGAUGAAAUAGAUGUGACGUCCGUGGUUUUGAAAUGGGGUUCCGUCCCUCGCGACAAUCGAAAUGGGAAGAUUAUCGGUUAUCAUGUGAUCUACAAGCCCAUCAAGAUUGGCUACCAGGACGUGACCGACAAGUCGCCGACACACAUGAGCAUUCCACCGGAUGUCACGGAAACUAGGCUGGCCGGAUUAGAGCCCUUCUCUGCAUACGAGAUAAGCAUACGAGCAUUCACUUCGAUUGGAAAUGGGCCAAUGUCCAAGCCUAUUAUAGCAAAAACAUGCCGCUGUCCGGCACAUCUGUACACCAGUUGGACAUCCUACCCGCCCUAUGUCAACAGCACAGGCAGUGAUAACGUGGGAGGGAUAUUCGGCACCAUACUUCAAGAGAUGAUCGACACAAUAUGUGAAGAGUGUACCAACAGCCAUAAGCGAACCACCCUCCACUUCGAUCGCGACUCGCGCGGGGACUUGGCCGAGAAAGGUUCUCUCCUCGGUGUCAAAAUUGGUAUCGAUGAACACACGAACAUUGCGUUCCCUGUCAGCGGCCGCACAGAUGACAGUCGGUACCAGAAAAAGUUCAUCUUCCUACCGCUGGUUCAGGCACCUGGCAUUGCAUUUAUCACCCGUCCGCAGGGCUCCUAUACCAAGGUCUCCUUGAUGGCUGCUAUCAUCUCGUGCUGGCCUGUUGUGGUGUUGGCGUUCGCCAUGGCUUGUCUGGCUGGAAUCGUUAUAUGGCUCAUAGAGAUGCGCUCCAACGCAGAUCAAUUCCCAAAGAUAUUUACCCGCGGAAUUUGGGAAGGAUUUUGGUGGUCUUUUGUUUCCAUGACAACUGUCGGGUAUGGAGAUAAGGUGCCUGCAGGGCCCAUCAGCAGAGUGGUGGCGAUAAUAUGGGUCCUCACUGGACUGGUCAUGAUCUCCCUGUUUAUGAGUGUUUUAACUUCCUCAAUGACUAUCACGAUUGUCGGGGAGAAAAUCAUGCUUUAUGGAACCGAGGUGGCAGCACUCAUUAACUCGACCGAGUACAGAGCUGGGUUAUUGAAGAAUGCACGCAUGAAAGCUUACCCUACGCUGCAAGCGUCACUGGACGCUCUACUCGAUGGAGAGGUGAAAGGCAUAUUACUGGACUCGUACGUGGCGGGAAGUCUGCAGCACAUGUUGUCUGCUUCUGCUUCUGUGGAGGUUAAUCGAGUUAUUGAGCAGUCUAUUGGCUAUGGCGUAGUUCUUGGUGGGCCUGUGGCGUCCCUCGAGGCGGUGUUCCGUAAUUACCUCAUGCAAAACAGACAGCAAGUUUCGCGGAUAAUAGAGAGACACAUAACGCCAUUAGAGAAACCAAGUGAACCUCCAAGCAUCAGCUCAUCUUCUGAUGUAACCAACGUGAACUCGGCUUUUUACAGAGAUGCAGUGCUGUCGAUGGGAGUGCUGUUGCUAUUGGCUGUGUGCAUUGGGCUAGUAUGGAACUAUUACUACGUCAAUAGGUUUAAGAAAGCGGAUGAUGCCAAAGAGCGAUUGACUAAUGAGCGAAAGGAGCUAAAAGCUUUACUCAUUGAAUUCAACGUGAAAAUCCACAAUACGGUAAAACAACUAAGAGCAAAGCACUUGUCUGAACUGAAAGCCAUGCCAACUAUCCUGAGAAACCGCCAAGGACAACUAGUUACCAAGACAGAGAAUAUAUCUCACUGGCAGAAGGCAAGACGGGGAACAAAAGUUUGUGCUGAGGGAAGCAAGAAAACGCGCAAAUCAUGGGAAUAUGAAAACCAUGGGUUCCGGCAAGACGAGAAAAAACAGCUCUCGCCUUUCCCUCUCUUAUGGCAAGUCAGCUUUUCUAAUCUCGACACCAUAUGUGACACAGAUCACCAAUUGAGAUCACGAAAGGGAAGUUAUGUUUUAGACACAGCCCGUGGUUGUCUUAGUGACGACAGACUAAUAAGAAGAGAUAUAGAAGAUGUCGUCAGUGACGACUCAGACGAAGGCGGAUAUUUCCAUGGAAACCCGUCAACCACGAAGUUGCACGAUGAAAUGAAGUUUAACUCUGAGAAUACAGGAGGCUACGCCAUGCAGGGUAACAUCAGUCAAACAGUGGAAGGUUUAUGGAAACUUGAAGAAGAGCUGGCCAAUGCUGGAUCUGCUUGGACCCGGAAAGGUGCUCUUCUGGAGGUACCCGACGCUUUGGACCCGACAAUGACACAGGACACGAUACCACUAUCAACACAACCCGAGCAAGACGAACAGCAAAGAAGGAAGGCAAAAAACGUGAGUCGGGUCGUCGAGCAACUGUGGGAGCUAGAAGAAGAGUUGGCCAAAUCUAGAUCUGUUCCGAAAGAUGUUCUGAUGAAACAGCCAAGCUCUGUAAGCACGCCUGUGCCGCAACUAGAUGGACGGCUCACUGAAGAAGAGCUAUCGGGGAUAGAAAAGGAUAUUAUUGAAUCAAACGCCCAUAAAGAAAGGAAAAGCACAACAUUAAAGAAAAAAGCUAAAGCAGAACAUGAUGACAUCAAGCAGCCGGAUGAUAAAGUGACCGAUGAGGAAAUACUUGAGAUUGAGUGUCAUCACGCUAAAACAAAUGCCAAAACAUGUACGGCAACAGUUAGCGACAAUGAACUCAUUGAAUUAGGGAUUAUUCUGCCAAAUGGAACGGAUGAAACGGAUGGCCAAGUCACUGAGUAAAGGACUAAUAGGAAAUAAGACUGUGGCGCCAGUCAUGUACCUGAUGUAUGAAUGUACAACUGCACCGCUGGAGAAUGUAUUCGUCCCUCGUUCUCCCGCCUCUACUGCACAGGAGCUCUGACCCCCCCCCCCCCCCCCCCUUUAUCGCAGUCCUCGACCAAACCUGUGGGACUCUGUGAAGGGGCAAAGUAACAUGUACAAGUGCUGUCUAUACGAGCAAUUUCUCAUAACAGUUGUUCUUUUGUCCAGUUUUGACGUCAUUUUCUUUGAUAAAGGUCCAUUGUUCGCUCAUCUACACAAGCAAUUCCUUACUUUGUCAAUAUUUCUUUGCCAAAAAAAAAACAUGAGAUAAAAAAUAAAAAUAAAAAGUUACUAAUGAAAACUUGCUCAUAUACACGGCAUAGAGUGCUUGGGUUUGGCAUUUUUAGUUUCUAGCUAAUAAAUCUCGAUGGCACUUCUC